AUGAAACACUGUAAUAAGUCAUUAAAGCUUACCUCACUAUUACCACUAGCAUUCACACAAGUAAUCAUUGUUUUAUUAUCAAAUCGGAUACAUUCACAAAUACGAUCAGGUGGUUUAUACUUAUUAAGAUUAUUCGAUUUUUUAACGACACUAACAAUAAUGAAAUUUUCUAAAUGCCUACUUGGAUCGGAUAAUGAGCCUCCGAUGAGUUUGCUGACUCCAGUUGCACUUAGUGGAUCGUUAAGUUGGUUAGAAUUGAGUGUAAUUGAAUACGACUAUAUUGCACUGUUGCUUUCGCCUGUGCUCGCUAUUUUACAGGGUUUUCAAGUUCUACAAAUUAAAAAAUGUUACAGAAACCUUCGCAUAAAUCAACCCCAAGUGUUCAUCUUCCUCUUUACAGGUUUAACAUCAGCUACUUUGUUGAUUCCGGCAUAUUUUAGUUGGUUGAAUUCGACAAUUUCUAGUGAUGCUUCCUGGGAACCUAUCGAUUAUUUACUAGUUGGUAUGUCAAUCAUAUUCAUGCCAAACUAUAAGUACUCUGAGAUAUGGCUACAGCUAAAUUUAACGGCGUACGAUUAUAUGGUACUAGAACAAACCAAGUUUUGGCUGGCAAGUAUGGGACAAUGGUACCUACAAAACAUGGCUCAUGCAACGAUAUUUGCUUUGGCUGGCAAAAUUUUGAUGCUCGGUGCCCUAGGAAGAUAUUUUGCCGCUAAAAAAUACCUCGCAUGGAACUGUUGA